CUUCAGAAAGCCUGCGAGUCCUAGCCUUUAGAGGAGAUUAAACAACCUAAGCAAUAGAAAGGAAAGUGGGACAAAAGCUUAAACUUUAAUUCUGGUUAUCUCUGUUCAGUAUCCAUCUUUCCAUUCUUCAGAGUAAAAUGUUCCAUGGAAUAACAGAGUUCUUUCAUACAAAGGCUCCUGCUGGAAGUAUACUUAGUUUCCCCAAACAUCCAGGGAGCUAUGGCUAGCCGUCUUCCUGGAGAUCCCAAGAAGACAUCAUCUUGCAGAACAUCCCCUGGGCAUUCCACAAUUGUGUAGAGGUGAAGCCAAAUCAAGAAGAUGCCAUUUCUCUAAGACUGUAUAUGUUUUCACUACAGUGUUUUCAGUGGAUUAUAAUCAAGCUUUCGGGUCAAAAAGCUUGGAUAGAAAAAACCUUUUUCAAGAGGGAGUGUAUCUACAUAAUUGCCAACAGCAAAGAUGCUACCAGGUGCUGCUGUGGCCAGCUUCUUACACAACACAUCCCCAUUCCUCCGAGUAUAACUGCAAACAAGAAUGAAGAAGAAGCAACGAAGCAGGUGGAUACUCAGCCUGAGAAGUGGUUUGUCAGUAAACACACCCAGGCAGUCCCAACUGAUGCCUAUGGAAGUCUUGAGUUCCAAGGUGGAGGGCACACCAACAAGUCCAUGUACAUCCGAGUGUCGUAUGACACAAAGCCAGACUCGCUGCUCCACCUGAUGGUGAAAGACUGGCAGCUGGAACUCCCCAAGCUCUUAAUAUCCAUCCACGGGGGACUGCAGAACUUCGAGCUGCAACCCAAGCUGAAGCAAGUGUUUGGGAAGGGCCUCAUCAAGGCGGCCAUGACCACAGGUGCUUGGAUCUUCACCGGGGGAGUCAGUACAGGUGUCAUUCGCCACGUUGGAGAUGCCUUGAAAGAUCAUUCUUCCAAGUCCAGAGGACGCAUCUGUGCCAUAGGAAUUGCUCCGUGGGGCAUUGUGGAAAACAAGGAGGAUCUGAUUGGGAAAGAUGUGACAAGAGUUUAUCAAACCAUGUCAAACCCACUAAGCAAACUCUCUGUGCUCAACAGUUCCCAUACGCACUUCAUCCUGGCCGACAAUGGCACCUUUGGCAAAUACGGGGCAGAAGUGAAGCUGAGGCGCCAGCUGGAGAAACACAUCUCACUCCAAAAAAUCAACACACGGCUGGGGCAGGGGGUCCCUGUGGUUGGACUGAUAGUUGAAGGUGGUCCCAAUGUGAUAUCCAUCGUCUUGGAAUGCCUGCGUGAAGAGCCGCCACUUCCUGUUGUGAUCUGUGAUGGUAGCGGACGAGCGUCAGACAUCUUAUCGUUUGCACACAAGUACUCAGAAGAAGGAGGCAUCAUAAGUGAGUCUCUGAGGGACCAGCUGCUUGUCACCAUUCAGAAAACCUUUAACUACAGCAGGAACCAAGCUCACCAGCUGUUUGUUAUUCUCAUGGAGUGCAUGAAAAAGAAAGAACUUAUCACCGUGUUCCGCAUGGGCUCUGAGGGGCAGCAAGAUAUUGAGAUGUCCAUCUUAACAGCUCUACUUAAAGGUACUAAUGCAUCUGCACCAGAUCAGCUGAGCUUAGCAUUGGCCUGGAACCGUGUGGAUAUUGCACGCAGUCAAAUCUUCGUCUUUGGGCAUCAUUGGCCGCCAUUGGGAAGCCUUGCAGUUACGGAUGGGACAGCCCCAGAAAAGGAGAAGAAAUCUCCGGCACCUCAAGCAAAAGCAGCAAGAGGGAAAGGAAAAGGCAAGAAGAAAGGUGGGAAACAGAAAGAAGAACCGGAGGAAGAAACAGAUCCAAGGAAACUUGAGCUACUGAACUGGGUAAAUUCCCUGGAGCAAGCGAUGCUUGAUGCUCUCGUGCUGGAUCGGGUGGACUUCGUGAAGCUACUGAUUGAAAACGGCGUCAGCAUGCAGCGCUUCCUCACCAUCCCACGACUGGAAGAGCUUUACAACACGAGACUGGGUCCACCAAAUACCCUGCAUCUGCUUGUCAGAGAUGUAAAAAAGGGAAAUCUGCCACCAGAUUACCACAUCAGCCUCAUCGACAUUGGCCUGGUCCUUGAAUAUCUCAUGGGAGGGGCAUAUCGCUGCAACUAUACAAGAAAGAGCUUCCGAACCCUGUACAACAAUUUAUUUGGGCCAAAGAGGCCUAAAGCUCUCAAGCUUCUAGGGAUGGAGGAUGAUGAACCUCCAACCAAAGGGAAAAAGAAGAAGAAGAAGAAGAAGGAAGAGGAGAUAGACAUUGAUAUAGAUGACCCAGAAGUCAGCCGCUUCCAGUACCCCUUCCAUGAGCUCAUGGUCUGGGCAGUGCUGAUGAAGCGGCAGAAGAUGGCUCUCUUCCUUUGGCAACGUGGAGAGGAGACCAUGGCCAAGGCACUGGUGGCCUGCAAACUCUACAAAGCCAUGGCCCACGAGUCUUCAGAGAGCGAGCUGGUGGAUGACAUCUCUCAAGACCUGGACAACAACUCAAAAGAUUUUGGCCAGCUUGCUGUUGAGCUGCUGGAUCAAUCAUAUAAGCACGAUGAGCAAGUAGCCAUGAAACUUUUGACAUAUGAGCUGAAAAACUGGAGCAACUCUACUUGCCUGAAACUUGCAGUGGCAGCAAAGCACAGGGACUUCAUCGCACACACCUGCAGCCAGAUGUUACUGACAGACAUGUGGAUGGGGAGGUUGCGCAUGAGGAAAAAUCCGGGCCUUAAGGUUAUCAUGGGGAUCCUCUUACCUCCCACCAUCCUGUUCCUGGAGUUCCGUACCUCUGAUGACUAUUCCUACCAAACGUCAAAGGAAAAUGAAGUCGGGAAAGAAAAAGAGGAAGAAAAUGUGGAUGCAAAUGCUGAUACUGGUUCCCGAAAGGGAGAUGAAGAAGAUGGGAACAAAAAGCAAAGGAGCCUCCCCAUUGGAAAAAAGAUCUACGAAUUCUAUAAUGCACCAAUUGUGAAGUUCUGGUUUUACACAAUAUCCUAUCUAGGGUACUUAAUGCUGUUCAACUAUAUAAUCUUGGUGCCGAUGGAUCGUUGGCCCUCACUCCAGGAAUGGGUUGUCAUUUCAUAUAUUGUGACUCUGGCUUUGGAGAAAGUAAGAGAGAUUUUGAUGUCAGAACCAGGUAAAUUGAGUCAGAAAAUAAAAGUGUGGCUACAAGAAUAUUGGAACAUCACUGAUUUGGUUGCUAUUUCUGUGUUCUUGGUUGGGGCCAUGCUCCGUUUGCAAAACCAGCCUUAUAUGAGUUAUGGAAGAGUUAUCUACUGUGUGGAUAUCAUUUUCUGGUACAUCCGAGUACUGGACAUCUUUGGUGUGAAUAAGUACCUGGGGCCUUAUGUCAUGAUGAUUGGAAAAAUGAUGAUUGACAUGCUGUACUUUGUGGUGAUAAUGCUGGUGGUCCUGAUGAGCUUUGGAGUUGCCCGUCAAGCCAUCCUGCAUCCCGAUGAGCAGCCGUCUUGGAGACUGGUCCGCAACAUCUUCUACAUGCCCUACUGGAUGAUCUAUGGAGAGGUGUUUGCUGACCAGAUAGACCUCUAUGCCAUGGAAAUUAAUCCUCCAUGUGGGGAAAACCUUUAUGAUGAGGAUGGCAAGCGUUUCCCCCAGUGCAUCCCUGGCGCAUGGCUGACUCCCGCAAUCAUGGCCUGCUACCUCUUGGUAGCCAACAUUCUCCUGGUCAACUUGCUGAUUGCUGUUUUCAACAACACCUUCUUUGAAGUGAAGUCUAUCUCCAACCAAGUCUGGAAGUUCCAGCGAUAUCAGCUGAUCAUGACCUUCCAUGACCGGCCGGUGCUUCCUCCACCAAUGAUCAUCUUUAGCCACCUUUACAUCAUUAUAGUUCGUCUCUGCUGCCGCUGCAAGAAACGAAGAGAAGACCAAGAUGAACGCGACCGAGGACUGAAGCUGUUUCUAAAUGAUGAAGAGUUGAAAAAACUGUAUGAAUUUGAGGAGCAAUGCGUUGAGGAGUAUUUCCGACAAAAAGAAGAUGAAGAACAGUCAUCAAAUGAUGAACGUAUCAGAGUUACUUCGGAAAGAGUUGAAAACAUGUCUAUGAGAUUGGAAGAAGUGAAUGAAAGAGAACAUUUCAUGAAAGCCUCUCUCCAGACGGUUGACCUUCGACUUUCUCAGCUGGAAGAACUCUCUGGCCGGAUGGCAAAUGCUCUGGAGAAACUGGCAGGCAUCGACAAGGCUGAACUGACUCACACACGUUCCCGGGCAUCCUCGGAAUGCGAUGCUGCUUACCUCCUCCGGCAAAGCAGCGUAAACAGUUAUGAUGGCUACAUGUACAGGUACCAUGGCGAUGACCUCGCCUAUGAUGACCUGCCUACCCCAAUGUCUCCAGCCUUGGCAUUGCGUAAAGCGGAUUCAAAGCUACAGCUGGCUCCAGAACACCAAGGAAGCACCCCCUCUGCCGCAAGCGCAAACACAGUGGCCUCUACAGAUCACAGCAAAAACACUUUAGAUGUUACGCAGAAUGUUUCUCUAUCCCGUUCUGGCUCAGUUGACAGGCAGGAACAUUGUAAGAAUGAAGUGACCACACCCCAAACUCUCAACCAAAUGGAUAUGGUUGUGAAUGGGAAGCCUGGAACUGGGCCAAAAAUUCAGAACCCUCAUUUAGCGUUAGAAAGGACCAAAUUAGAAGCCACCAUCUCCUAUCCCUUGGACAAACCUAGGGCAAUGAGGUACUACCCUUCUGAAACAUUCAACGCUUGCGAAGCAACCAUGAUGAAAUCAAGGAGUUACAUAUUUGCACAAGGUGGAAAGAUGGUUGGAGGAGUUAACAACCAGACCAUUAUGGACCAAGAGUAUAGGACCAUCAUGGAUGAAGUGUGCCCUUCCACAAUUGAACAAUGGACUGCCGAGUGGAAGUAUGAGGUUCAGCAGAAACUGGCUAGUGAGCCUCCUCCUGAAUAUCCUGGCAUUGUGUCUGAAGCGGAGAUGCAAGCCGAGCGGAAACAGCUACUGACUGACACUGAAGAGGACAGCGAUGUUGGUGAAGUGGUGGGUCUCAGUGCCUCCCAUCCUUCCUCACCUGUCACCAAAAGGAUCUACACAGACAAUUUUUUGUCAGUGGAAUCUGACAGGACUUGUGGUUUUCCUUCCGUACGGUCAAAGAGUUUACACAGCCAUUCUCGAAAACCCAAGUCCAUUAAGGACAGGCUUAAUAGACCGGGACAUGCCAGCAGUGUCAGCAGCCUAGUGGUGACCUGUGGGACUGCAACGGAAGAGCAGAAAGCAAAACAAGAAACUGCAUCCGCAGAAACUGAAUGCUAAAAUGUCCUUUUCUCAACAAGCAACAGUUGGGAGAUAUGGUUAAGCCAGGACACCACAGGUUGUCCCAAAAGCCCAUCCUUUAAAGAGCCAGUUUGCAUUUGGUAGCUCACUGUGUUCGCUUUUGCAGAUGCAUUCAUGUCCAACUGUUCCUGCUUCAAAGCACUUCCUGCUUUUGUGAAGGGAAGGUGUGCCCUCCCUGAGGGUCAUAGCUACCUCUGGAGGGCACGGCCAACAGUAUCAACAUGGAUUCUUUAAUUCAUUAUGUCAAUGAUUCUAAAAGCAAUGUAGUUCAGUGAACUGGAGGCUGGAUCCUCCUGACCCAUAAGAGCACCACUGCUUAAAACAGGCAUCCCCAAACUGCGGCCCUCCAGAUGUUUUGGCCUACAACUCCCAUGAUCCCUAGCUAACAGGACCAGUGGUCGGGGAAGAUGGGAAUUGUAGUCCAAAACAUCUGGAGGGCCGAAGUUUGGGGAUGCCUGGCUUAAAACAAAGGUUCUCACUGAGGGAUUGACAGGCGAAUAACAUUCUUUGUGGGCUUCAGGGAAAUGCUGCAGAAUGAAUCACCGAGAGGCCCUUUUUUAACACACAUAAAAAGUGGCACAACCAGCAGCUCUUCUUCCUGCAAAAGUGAAUGUUGUGUGUGGCAAGUGUAUACAGUAUUCCCUCAGCAUAGUAUAGCUAUCAAGGAUAUACGCACAUAUAACACUGUAUGUGAUCAUUCCUGUAUAUACCCGCUGCAAACUCCCUACACUGAGGAUCCUUGAAAGACAGCAUUCCCAUAUCUAUAGUGGCACCAAGGAAGAAAGGGGGGGGGGGAGAAGGAGUACCUUCUUGAAGAGGUAUGAGUUUGUGUGCGGAGUCUUACUGUCACUAUUUUUACACCAUUGUUGUUGUUGUUCUGGUCAGCCAGUUUGGGCUAGUGGCAAUCAGAUAAAUAUUUUUUUCAGGCACAGUUCAGCCAACUGCAGACUUAAAUAAAUGUGUUUUCGGGAGGCGGGCUGCACCCACAAAUAAGCCUUGAAUUUAAAGAUGCAGCUUAUUUGCGGGUGCAUCUUAUAUUCAGGCCAAUACAGUAACUUUUAAGCUUGUGAUUUUACUGUUUGGGGAGGUUUUCGCUUCAGGUGAUUCCCAGACCUCAAAUGCUAUCAUGUGACUCAGCAAGUAACGUCCUUGGUUUAAGGCAGUGCUGUUUUUUGGUGAUCCGCAAGCAAAAGGUGAACGACAAAAAUGUGGACUUGAAACUUUAAUUGCAUCUAAGGGCAAAACUAGAUGUUACACUCAGAUGCACAUGGCAUUACUUGGCAUUAUUCUUUAUAUUGAAAAGAUUAUUUCUGGAAAUGCAGUCAAGAUUGGAGAAAUGGCAGAGGCAAGAAGUGUAACUCACACCCGUAAAGUCAACUCACACCCGUUACAAAUGAUGUUCUCUCUCCACAACUUUCCCAACUGCAUCUAUGCCUUUGCAAAUGAACAUUAGAACUUCCAUGACGGGGGAAAGCCAAGGUGGCGGUGAUCUCCAGCAGCAUAAUGGGUUGGGGGAGCAACCUUGUCCAAUCCCAACUGCCCUUCCAAAAGCUGAUUUUUCUGCUCAAAAAGUGGCAUCAGGGUAGGGAUGCACAAAUUUGCCUGAUUUGGCUUCUCUUGGUUCUAUUUUUUUCCACUCUUAAAUUCAGUUCUCCACACACACACACAC